CUAUCUCUCCGUAGCUAGAAAUAAGCAACCAACCAUCAGGAACUUAGGGCCCAGUUGCAACUAAUCCCGUAAAAUGUUGUCCUACUUAUACACCUACCUAACCAACCUGCCCCGGUGGCAUCUGGUGGCAAUAGUUCUCGUUGGCUAUCUCAUCUACUAUCUAAUGGAAGUCGUCAAGCGCCCCAUACUUGCCGUCUCGAACGGACCGUUCAAGAAGUACCUUCGCAAACACAUCCCCACGCUGGAGAACAAAUUUUGGCCCACGUUCUGGUGUGUGGAAAGCCGUGCCCAGACCGUAUUUGCUAGCAUCAUCCGCUCGAACAUUAUGCCACUGGUCGAAUAUAGGCGCGAGGUGCUAACGCUCAAGGAUGGCGGUCAGGUUGCACUGGACUGGCUGGAGACGGGCUGCGAUCCGGAAUCGCCGAUCAUCAUCAUCCUGCCCGGGUUGACGGGCGAAUCGCAAGCCGAGUACAUUAAGUGUCUGGUGACGGCGGCCAACCGUAUCGGCAUCCGGACGGUAGUCUUCACCAAUCGCGGGCUCGGCGGUGUUGCGCUGAAGACACCCCGGCUGUACUGUGCCUCCAACUGUGAGGAUCUGUCCGAGGUGGUAAAGUACGUGAGGCAGACGCACCCGCACGUGCGGAUCGGUGCGACCGGUAUCUCGAUGGGUGGACUGAUUCUGGGCAACUAUCUGUCCCGCCACAGCGACGAAGCGAAAUCGAUCCUAACGGCGGCGAAAAUUAUCUCCGUACCGUGGGAUGUUCAUAAGGGUUGUGCCAGCAUUGAGCAGCCCAUACUGAACAAUCUGCUCGGCCGACAUCUUGCCUCGAGCCUGUGCCGAACGGUGAGCAAGUACGAUAUACUGCGGGGCGAAGAAUUCGACUGGGAUAUGAAUCAGGUGCUACAGAGCAAAACCAUCAAACAGUUUGACUCGGCGUUUACGUCCAAACAUUUCGGCUACAAGGACGUCGACAGCUACUACUCCGAUGCGACGCUUCACAACAAACUUCACCAGAUUAAAGUGCCUUUGCUGUGUCUCAGUGCGGCGGACGAUCCGUUCCAGCCGCUCGAAGCGAUCCCGGUGAAAGCGGCCGCCAAUUCGUCACACGUAGCCAUCCUGAUAACGGCGCGCGGUGGCCAUAUCGGCUUUCUGGAAGGUUGGUGGCCCGCCAACAAGGACCAGUACAUGGGCCGCCUGUUUAGUCAAUACUUUUCUGCCGCCCUGUUCGAUCCGAACAACGAGUUUUAUCGUACCGCACAGCUCAUGAUGGAGCACAACCUUACCACGUCCACGUCGGUGCCGGGAUCGCCGACGACCAAACCGUCGUUGGUUGCCGCCAGUGCCAUACGGAAAAAGUCGAUUCCAUUUUAAUGGAGC